GAAGUUGCCUGGCAACAAUUUGACCUUUUCCUGACCCCGGAGUUUGCAACCGCAAAAAGAAAGUCGAAGUGUCUUGAAUCAGUGUCAACGUCAAGAGCAAGAACUAAGUAAAAAAUGAGUGUACCUGAAGGAGACGCUGCCAAGGGAGCGAAAAUCUUCAAGCAAAGAUGUGCUCAAUGCCACACAACAGAAAAGGGUGGCAAGCACAAGACUGGGCCCAACCUGAAUGGACUUAUUGGCCGUAAGACAGGACAGGCUGUCGGUUUCUCCUACACACAAGCUAACCAGAAUAAGGGCAUCACUUGGGGACCAGACACACUGUUUGAGUACCUAGCGGCUCCUAAGAAAUAUAUCCCUGGCACGAAAAUGGUUUUUGCUGGACUUAAGAAAGCCACUGAGAGAGCUGAUUUGAUUGCCCAUCUGAAAGAGGCAACCAAGCCCUGAGAGCAAAAACGGAACUUCAUCUAGGCGUUUGUAUAUCUUGUGUAGGAUAAUGUAUUUAUUUCAUAAAAUUAUUUAUAGAGAAAACAAUGCAUACAUGUUUGUUUUGUUUCAGUUACUGUCAGUGUUUGCUGUUGACAGUAUCAUCAUUGUUGCCAUAAUUAUAUUUUUUAUUGUGGCAAAAUGA